CUGGCUUCACUGCCUCUUUCCCAAGACGUAACAGGGAAGGCCUAAUUCGCGCCUACUGUAUAUCGUGAAGAGUACUUGCUCUCACGAGAGCACACUUCACUUCUGUCCUGCACAUACAACAACCAUCAAUUAUCGACCACCAGAGCCAGCACGAUGCUAUCCUUACACCUCAUCGCCCUCGCCCUCGCCUUUCUCACCACAUCAAUCACUGCGCUCCCAGCACCUGGCUUCUCUCUCAUCCCCCGAGUAGCCACCGAACGAUGGAGCAUCCCCACCAUGGAGCUGCAUAUGAUGACCCAGCACUCCGGGCUACCAGGCGGCGGCGAGUGGCCCGAAUCCUCAAAGUAUCCAUCCACAAUCAGCUUCGCUAUCCACAUGCCCGGCCAGAUCGCACACUGCCACACCGAAUUCGCCAACGGCACGCUGCCGGAUGAUCUCGCUUCUUGUUCGAGUGAGGGCAGUAGGAUGAGGUUCAGGAUGGAACAGUAUAUGGGUUCGGGACCGAGGCGGAAGGAGUUGGCUUUCGUGCUGAAAGUUUCUAGAGUGGAUAAUACCUCAGCAGGGCAGAUUAUAUUCCAGGGCGAAGUUGCGAUUACGGCGAAUGAUCCAAAGGAUGCUUCGAGCUACCUUACUUGCCUUCUGGGCCCGCCGUUCGAUGGCCUGCGGUGUGAACUCAUGGGUUUGAUGAGUAAUCGGAAGGACUUGGUCAUUGAGGCGCACUCGUCCAAAGUUAACACAAUUGCGCUUCUGACUGCCUCCUGAGUCUGCCGAGGUCGGGCAUGCACAAUCGGAGACGGAGGGUUCGGUAUGCUUGGCUGAGAUGUCGUAGCUGGGUUUGUUUGUUGACUCGCUUCGCUUCGCGUCGCUAGGCGAAAGUGUUGUUGCUUUUGUGAUGCUGCAUGUUCAUGUCACACGGCAGGAGUAGUUCGUGCGUUCGAGGGGACGUUGUGUUUCAGGAUAGUCCACAUGUCAUCGUACCGACACCGCUGAAUAUCCAAUGUAAUUGAUCGCGACUCGCAAAGUCUGACCGCAGUUGCGACU